UGGGCCGGAACGGUGGCGGCGAAGGGCGUGUUCCCAGCCGGGGCGAGCGGCCGAGCAGCGCCGGGAGCGUCGGGCGCCUUGGAAACGGGCGGAAGCUGGGAAGGAGCGGCGGCGGGAGGAGCAGGAGCAGGAGCAGGAGGAGGAUGCUGAGCCCCGACCGGCUCUCGCUGCCCGGACCUGAGUACCUGGCUCAAAGACAUGUCCUCACGUACAUGGAGGAUGCAGUGAGCCAGCUGCUGGAGAACAGAGAAGAUAUUAGUCAGUAUGGCAUUGCCAGGUUCUUCACUGAAUAUUUCAACAGUGUGAGACAAGGAACACACAUCUUAUUCCGUGAGUUCAGCUUUGUUCAAGCCACCCCUCAUAACAGGGCAUCUUUCCUUCGGACCUUCUGGAGGUGUUUCCGAACAGUGGGGAAAAACGGAGAUUUGCUGACGGCACAGGAAUACCACUGCCUGCUGCAGCUGCUUUGCCCUGACUUCCCAAUGGAACUCACUCAGAAAGCAGCAAGGAUUGUGCUGAUGGAUGAUGCAAUGGAUUGCCUGAUGUCUUUUUCUGAUUUCCUCUUUGCUUUCCAGAUCCAGUUCUACUACUCAGAGUUCCUGGAAAGUGUGGCUGGCAUUUAUCAGGAUCUACUGGCUGGUAAGAAUCCAAAUACUGUGAUUGUGCCAACAUCAUCUUCUGGGCAACAUCGGCAGCGCCAACCCCCAAAUGAUUGCAACCCACUCGAAGGGGUAGAGGCAUCUCUCUUCUACCAGUGCCUGGAGUCCUUGUGUGACAGAUCAAAAUACAGCUGUCCACCUUCUGCUCUUCUGAAGGAAAUGUUGAGUAAUGCACAGAGAAUGACCUUCUAUGGAUUCCUUGUGGCACUUGCAAAGGAUCAGGGGAUCAAUCGAGCCCUAGGGGCUUUACCAGAUAAAGGAGACUUGUUUCUGGACCCUGCCAUGGACCAGGAACUUGAGAAAUUGGUAGCUCAGAUUUCAGGGCUUUCCAUGUCUGGUCCUGCCAGCUCCAGCGGGGACACAGCUAAUGUGCCUGUCCGUAACUUACCCAGGAUUAACUCACCCUGGAAACCUCUACACCAUCGGCGAAAAAUGGAUGCUGAGAGUGAAGGCUCCAAUGAAGAGACUGACUCCUCUGAAAACUGAAGGUUGUAAGGGUGGGCACCAUUCCCAUCUUGGGUUUCUCCAGAACCCACUGGAGGAACAGUACCUCUUCCCAGAGCACCUGCUCUGAUGGAGGGUUCUGUCUACAUCACCAGUGUAUGCGUGUGGUUGUGCUAGUCCCCAGUAUCAGGCUCACCCAUCUUUUCCCAGGAAGAGCUUGCAUUUUUCCUAGCUCCAAAUUUGUGCAAGAAUAGCUCCUCUGCAGAAGCCAUUUACAGCUGCAGAAUCAUGCUUCCCCCUGCUGGCAGGCAAGACCAGCCAGCAGAUGUCAGCUCUGCUGUCACUUGGAAACAGCCGGGUAUGCUCUCACCGGGCUCUCCCUCACGGUUCAGCAGGUACUGAAGCAGUGGGAGCACCAGCACAGACCGCUUGCCAGUGUUUUGGUGUGUAGCUCUGUUCAGAUUUGGCCCGGACAAGAGCGGUUAAAUCGCCAGCAGCAGCUCUGCACUUGUGUUCCAUUGUAAUUAUUCCCACUAAAGCUGCAGCUGCAUAUGACCAAAAGCAGAGAAAUUCCUGAAGUUCCUAGAAAAGGGCGGCUUAGAUAUUGCCAACUGUGUCUGCUCUGUGCUUUCUCCUCCAUGUGUCCAAGACUGGCCAAAGCAAAUACAGCAAAUAAGCUAGAUUGCAGUAAGUACUGCAUGGUUCUCUCAGGCUCUGCUGCUGUGCCGAGUUCCAUUCUGUGAUGUCUCCCACUGCCUCCGAUGGCAUAUCAAGGUCAUUUGGAAUGGUGAGUUUCAGAGAGACUGGAGGAGAGGGAGUCUUUAAAUUCCUUGGCCACAGGUGGUGUGGCUUGCAAGUAUAUAGAGCAUCUGCUGGGGCUGGGUGGGCAGAAGCACUAAGGGAGAAGGAAGCGGUUCUCAAAUGAGAUCCGAUCGGGGUUUUCUGUAGAUAGUGGCAGUGUUGUAGCAGCAUCAUGUAGCCCUUACAACUACAAAAAUAAGUAGCAUAGCAUUGCAUUAAUGGUAACGAGCUCUGCAGUUUGACUUCCACAGAUCCAAACACUUUGUCUAGCCCAGCUCCUGUGCCCCAUCUUGCACAGACUAGUUAUUUCCUGGGGAACUUCAGUUUCUCAUGUGUCUUUGGGAGCCUCCUUGCUCCUCCUGGUCAUAAAGUGCUGCUACAUGGGCCACCAGGAGCUGGUAACCCAAAGCUUGUACCAGCCCUCUGCUGUGGAUUCAACACAUGCUAGAGCUGUUUUAAGACGAAUCCCAUACCUACUGCUCAGUCUUUACCACAGCUGCACCUGUGGAGGUAGUGGGAGGGAUUAUUUAUUUAUUAUAAGUUAUAUUAUUUAUGAUCUGUGUGUUCUCUCCCCGCUCGGUGAGUGGCUGUGACAGCCCGGCAAUAAAGCACGCUUUGUCAGG